CCAGCCCAGCACCGCACCGCACAACACACAGCACAACCUAGCCCAGCCCCACCAGUCAUGGGAGCCUGCCUUAGUCCCUCUGAUGACGAAUCAGAUGGUUUUCUGGAAGCGUCCUACAGCCCACUAUUCUUCCACCCUCACGUCAAAGGAUCCCAGAUUUUUAUGGAUGAGUCUUGCUGUACAGUAAGUAGAAUGGACACCUUCCAUGAUGGCAUCGUCUUCUCCAACCGGCCCGUAGAACCUUAUGAGAAAGUGACUUUGAAAAUCUUACAAGAAGACCAGAAGUGGAAGGGUGGCCUACGGGUGGGCUUCACCUGGAAAAACCCUUGCCUUCGCUUCGGUCCCUUGCCUCCGUUUGUGUGCCCAAACUUGGUCAUCCAAGGGAAGACUUGCGCGUGUGUUAUACCAGAUGAAUAUAUAGGACAAGAUAACAUUAUCAGCUUCUGGGUGGACGGCCAGGGCUGUGUUUUCUGCAGCAUCAACCUUGAGGCUGAAAGGUCCUUCCUCUUCAAGGGUGUCUCGGUUGAAUCUCCUCUUUGGGCUGUUGUGGACGUCUACGGAAGAACCAAAGCAGUCCAACUUCUCGAUCCCCCCACCCUGGACUUACAGGCAGGAGCCGAAGAGAGCACUGCGGAAGAUUGCAUGGUCUGUUGUGAGUCUCGGGCCAGCACCAUGAUGUUCCCUUGCUGCCACACCGGCUUCUGCUCCAGCUGCUCCUUGAAGAUUUUCAGGACCAGCGCCCGCUGCCCUCUCUGUCGGGAGAAGGUGAAGAAAAUCCUCCAGAUCUCCACUUUGGCCGAGAGCGAGGGCCUGCCAAGCUGGUUGGGAAGAUCGGAGAGUGGCAGUUCCCUGCGGUGACAAAACGCGCGCUAUGGCGGUGCGCCAGAAAUAUGUCGGUCCUAGUAGGAAAGGGCAAGAAUUGGAGAGUCGAAGAAAGCAGUC